AUGCAGCUGCAUUAUUUACUGUCUCUUUUCCUUGUCGCGGUCACGGUUUCCGCAGCUCCUCUCUCUAUUGAACCAUACAAGUACAAACGUGAUCUGGCUACUAUCCAAGCCGCUCUGAACAACAUCAACUCGGCUCUUCAAAGCCUCGACAACUCCGUCAAAAGCACAAAGUCCGUCACUCUAAGUGCUGGGAUCCAGGUUCUCGGCGCCCUUACCGGCGUCAAGUCUUCAAUCGAAGAUGCAACCACGCAGGUUCAGGCCUCCCAGGUCCUCAACGCGAAAGAUUCGAGGAAUCUAAAGGCCGCGACUGAUGCUCUCACGAAUAACGUAAAAGUUACCAUCAACGAUGUGGUAGCAAAGAAGUCCUUGGUUGACUCCAUCGGCGCGACGCCACUGGUAGCCGUUGCUCUCCAGGAUCAGAAGACCGCCAGUACCACCCUUGCUCAGACGUUGGUCAGCAAAGUGCCCCCCGACAUGACCUCGGAUGCCCAGUUGAGCGCAAAUGCUCUCAGUAACGUCCUGAACGAAGGAAUUGCAAUCUUCAGCGGACUCAGCGUCCAGGCUGAUGACGCUGCUGAUGACGAUGAUGCUGCCGCUCCUGCGGGUGGCAAGGCAGGAGGAGGAGGUGUUUUCAGCCGACUGAUCCAAGUGCUUAAGGGAAUGUUCGAUUGA